AAAACACUCACCGUCAUGUAAUGUGCCAACACGAAACGGGGUUUACAAGUAGAUAAACAAGGAGUAUUUGACCUUUGGUCAUAUGACGUCACAGAAAAAUUUACAUGUGUUUAGCAGAUUUUUGGAAUAUUAAAGAUAGGUUGAUCUGAAGACUGACCAGGAAAAUGUUAUCCAAUGAAGAUCCAUACAGUCAGGUGUGCAUUGUGUCCAUGAAAACCUUGGAUGGAAAAACUGAGGGAACUGCCAGUGCAAUAUUGAUUGACUCUAAACAGGGCCUUGUUUUAACACAUGCAUCAGUUUUAUACCCUUUAAUUGAGGAUUGUGAUCCAGAGAGACUAGGGAAAGUGUUGAAUUCAGGCAGUGGUGAUAAAAGAAUAUUUUCUAGUUCAGUUAAUAUUGAGGUAACUUUACCCAAUGGUGAAAACGGCCCUGAGGACUCGUACUUUACAAAUGACAAUACAAUUCACCCAGUCAAAUUGCUUAGUAACACUGUUCAAGAUGUUAAACCUUUCAUUAAGUGUAAAGGUAAAUUUAAGACUAUAUUCGAAUGCCGUAGACUUACAAGAGUCCUAAAUAAUCUUAUGCCAAGUGACUCAUGGCAGUUUGUUGAAGAAACAGCAGCUACAGAAAACAAACAGAAUCAAGAUAAUAAAACUCAAACCAAAGCUCAAAUGUGUUACAAGCUACUGUCAUUCUUUGUGCUUAUCAAAUUACAGAAUAUGUAUCCAAUAGAUAAUGUUUUAAUGAUAAGGGACUCUAUUGAUAAUAAGGUAGGAGAUCUUGUGGAGAUUUGUGCAACACCAUUUGGGAGUAUGAGUCCUGAAGUAUUCUUAAAUGCCAAGAGUAGAGGUAUCUUAAGCAACGUGGCAGGGCCUCAAGGUAUCUUAUUAUUGACAGAUGCAAGGUGUGUUCCUGGAAGUGAGGGAGGGGCAUUGUUUUACUGCCAUAAAAGGAAAAGGUUAUUAGCAGGCAUCAUGAUAGCAUCAUUGUGUUGGAAGAACAAUGAGUGGGUCGGAUUGUCCUUAGCAUGUGCAAUAAGUGAAGUACUUGGUUGCUUAAAAACACAUUUAACACACAACAUUGACAGUGUUAAACAGACAGACUAUGUGGGUGGAUUUGAUUCAGGAUUUAUACCUGAGUUACUACAGAAGGUCAGGUGUGUUAAUGUUGGACAUAACUGGGGAUCUGGUGUUGUCAUAGACUCUAUGAAAGGGCUCAUUUUAACAUGUAGCCAUGUUUUAAAUGAUGUCAAAUUCUCGGGAGUUUCUGUGAAUGAUUCUGAAUCAAGCCCUGCUCAGAUGUGUAAUGUUAUUUAUAGAACCCCACUGAAGUCACAUUUUGAUAUUGCCUUAAUCCAGCAGAAAACUUGUACAACAACCGGUGAUGAAGAAUAUCCCAUUAAAUUUGGAAGAGCAGUUGAAGGUGAAGUGAUGUAUGUAAUAGGCCAUGCUAUAUUUAGAGGAAAAGGUGACACAUUACCUAUGGUUUGUAGAGGAAUUGUUUCAAAGAUUGUGCGGCACAAUAACGUCCCGGUCAUGUUACAGACAACAUGUGCAGUGCAUGCAGGAGCAAGUGGUGGAGGUGUGUUUAAUACAAGAGGACAACUUGUUGCUUUAGUGGUCUGUAAUUCAAAGGACACAGUAUCUGGGGCAUAUUAUCCACAUGUUAACAUGUGUGUACCCAUAGAAACAGUGGCUUCAAUUAUCAAGUAUUUCAUUAAGACUAAUGAUGCUGAUAUACUGAGGUCACUACAUGUGAAGAAUAAUUCUAUAAAUAGAAUAUGGAGUAUUGGAACUGAAGAUUGCAAAGUAUAUAGUCCAAUUUGAACGGAGCUGAGUGUGUGGCAGUCUGGCAGAUAAGUUAUACAUGUAUGUGCAAUAAUAAUUGAUGCGCUACUUAGAGCACAUAUUCAUGAACACUUGAAGUGGAAAACCAUAUUUUAUAUACUGUGUUCACUUUACUUUAAAAUACACAUUGCUUUUACACUUUGCUCAAAUGGAAAUUUUGUGCUUGUUUAUAAUUUUGCAAAAUAUUUAAUUGCUGAUUGAUUGUUUAACUGGUUGUUGAGUUGGAGCCCAGAUAGGUCUGUCUUUCACAGAUUUUUAAUUUUUGUGAGGUUUGUUCACCCUGGAAGGAACUAGAUAAUACUGGUAUUAGAAAUGUGAUACAGUGUGUAUUUCACUCUAAAAUUUUAUAUUAUUCCAAGAAAUUACUUUUCAAUAUUAUUGUUUUCAUUGUUGGAUGGAUAAUAUUUAUUGAUUUAUGUUAUUGAAUCAGAGUUGUUCACUGUUAUUUAUUAUAUGUGUAAUGAUGUAUACCUCGCCUACAUUUCUUGUAUUAUAUUCACAAGAUUUUUUUUAAGAAAUCUUCCAUUUCUUCUUCCAACUUCCUGUAUUUGUGUGAUUAAAACAAAAUCAUUGAGAGAUUUUCUUUGUUAUUUGGCUAAUCACAGUGAUGACAAUGAAAACAUUGCCGUCUGCAUAGAUUCCUGAUCAUGUUUGUCAAAUGAACUUUAGCUGUUAUUAUAUUUACUAGAUACACUUUAUAAAGUAUUAAUGUUAAUGUAACAAAUUCGUGUGUAUGUUUUUUAAUUAUUUCACAUGAUGUUCUGUCAGUGAUAAUGUGAUGUUUCUUAUAUUAAAACAACGAUUA